AUGCACUCCUUACCUUACCUCGUCCCGAACCUGGUUGGUGUGCUUUUCAACGGCGUCCAGCUGGUUGUGAAUCGCGUGGAUGGAAAACUCUCGACGGCUGCCUGGGGAUCUCUAGGGGCGUCUUCGCCGGAAAAUCCUGAGAUUCUCCAGCCUUCUGAUGUUGAGGAUGCCAGCACGGAAACUCCAACGGCAGAGGAGGUCACGGAGGAGCUCGAGGGGAAGCAGCCUCAUUCGGUGCCUUGGGAGAGUGAGGGGGCGACCCCGAUGCCCCCUGGGGAGGAGGAGGAGGAGGAGGGAGGGAGCCCCUCUCCCUUGGGGCCGUCGAGGGAGGAUGUGCAGGAACCUCUUGGGAUAAGAGACAUGGAGGGUGAGGAUGGAUUGGGAGUUGAGGAUAAGGGGAACGAGGGGGAGGAAAGUGAGAGGGAGGAGAAUGCGGAGGAGAGUGCAGAGGAGGGUGGUGGAAAGGCGAAUUCGGACGAGACUGAGGGAGAGGAGAGUUUGGGAGAGAGUGAGGGAAAGGAAAGUGAGAGGGAGGAGAGUGAGGGACGAGAGAGUGUAGAGGGAAGAGAGAGUGUGGAGGGAAGAGAGAGUGUGGAGGGAAUUGAGGGGAAGGAGAAUCUGGAUGAGACUGAGGACAAGGCGACUGAGGAAAGAGAGAGUGUGGAGGAGAGUGAGGGAAAGGCGACUGAGGGGAGAGAGAGUGGCGAGGAGAGUGAGGGAAAGGAGAGUGAGGGAAAGGCGACUGAGGGAAGAGAGAGUGAGGGAAAGGAGAGUGAGGGAAGAGAGGGUGAGGGGAAGGGGAAUUUGGAGGAAAGUACAGUGGAUGGUGGUGGAGGAGAGAAUUCGGACGAGACUGAGGGAGGGGAGAGUAAGGAAAAGGAAAGUGAGGGGGAGGAGAGUGCGGAGGGAAGAGAGAGUGUGGAGGAAAUUGAGGGGAAGGAGAGUGAGGGAAAGGAGAGUGAGGGGGAGGAGAGUGCGGAGGGAAGAGAGAGUGUGGAGGAAAUUGAGGGGAAGGAGAGUGAGGCGAAGGAGAGUGAGGGAAAGGAGAGUGAGGGAAGAGAGGGUGAGGGGAAGGGGAAUUUGGAGGAAAGUACAGUGGAUGGUGGUGGAGGAGAGAAUUCGGACGAGACUGAGGGAGGGGAGAGUAAGGAAAAGGAAAGUGAGGGGGAGGAGAGUGCGGAGGGAAGAGAGAGUGUGGAGGAAAUUGAGGGGAAGGAGAGUGAGAGUGAGGGGAAGGAGAGUGAGGGGAAGGAGAAUCUGGAUGAGAGUGAGGAAAAGGCGACUGAGGAAAGAGAGAGUGUGGAGGAGAGUGAGGGAAAGGCGACUGAGGGGAGAGAGAGUGUGGAGGAGAGUGAGGGGGAAAAUGAGAAGAGGGAGAAUGAAGGAGAGGACAAGGAGAUUGAGGCGGAGGACAGUGCAAAGGAGAGUGAGGGGCACAUAGAUCAGGAUUUGCAAAAUGAGGAUGAGGAUAACGAGAGCGACGAGCAAGCGUUUAUAACCAGGCCUAUUCCCGCCGACCACCCUCCCAUAGAGGAGGAGGAGGAGAUGUUAUCUUCUCCUACAGUCGCCCAGCGCUACAGCAACAGCCCGGGCAACCUCCAUGUCGAGCGAGGUCUCCCUAUAUACGACGGAGAAACUCUACCGCGACUACAGACUAGCACUCAGGGGGCAGAUUUCGAGAGCUCUGCUCGGGCGGGUGGUACGUGGCGGUCACAGAAUGCUGAUGAGGAGGAGGAAGGUCGGAGUGGGAGUGAGCUCGACUGUUGGUAUGGUCUUUAG